GAUAAAACGCUGGAAUCUAUCCAAAGUUUGAAAACUUGGAGCCCACGUUUCAGACUGUUGAUGUGCAUCCCUAUGUUAAUCCGCCUAAUCCCUGUAACUUCACGAAUCCCUAGUCAGUUUGAACAGCCUGAUCACUGAUCAGUUUCACUUCGGAUACACUGUGCCGGUCAGUGAUUGAAUCAAACGCACAAGCGUUUCAUGAAAAUUAAAAAGGAAAAAGAGAAGAAAGAGGAAAGAAAGAUGGGGUGUCCGGUGCGUAACUGAUUGUUAGUUUCCAGGGGGAGGAACAGGAGGAGGAAGGGGGUGCGCGAGACACACCGUUUCGAUUUUGGCACAUAGUGCGUCAUCGUCAGCGUCGGGUUAAUCACCUACACGAAAAAAAGCAGUUUUGAGAGCAAAAAGGGAAAAGAAAGAAGCGAGAUAGGGACUCGGUCCUCAUGCCCUCACCGGGGGAACCAAAUUAGAAUAAUGACGCACCGAUAUAGUAGUGAAUCCAAUACUAUGGGCUAUAAAUUCUGAUCCUUUCUCCUUCCUUCCUUCAUCCAUGUGCGUCUCUCAUAACCAAUCCCUGAGGAAUCGUUCCUUCACUCCUCGGAGCGUUUCCUCUCUCGGGGGGGUCCCUACACUCUCCCUUCUCUAUCCCCUCCUUAAUUUCCUCCUCUUCUUUUUUAGCUCUGCAAAAUUCUGAUAACCCUGUCUGAUAGUCCUUAUUUCUCUUUCUGGCCUCUGUUCCUUAGUUUUUUCUCUCGCUGUCCGUUUUCCUCUUCUGGGGGUCUUCUCUUUUGGUUCUGGUCAUGGCCAAUUGGACAAAACAACAAGAGGCGAGUCGUCAUCAAGUGGGUCAGUGGAACAGAUCAUACAGCAGAAAGCCUCCUCUGGCCGAUAGGUGGCAGGCAACAGUACCUGCAUGGGAAAAAGAAUUCUGUGCUGCUGUUCCAUGGCCAAAGUUGUUAGAAACCAAGAGGUAUAUCUAUCUGCAUGACAAUAUACUAAAGUGGGAUGAUUCUGCUGGUAAAGAGGCAUUUGACAAUGCUAAACAGAAGUUUUGGGCAGAGAUCAACGGCCUUCCUUGUGAAGUAUCUUUGCCAGACCCUGACAUGCACAUUGAACAUGUAGAUUGGAAUUCGACUGUUGACCCUGAGCUUAUUCUGGACUUGGAACGAGAACCAGCUCCCAGUGUCAAAGCUAGUGAUGAAGUUGUGAUUCUCGAUAGUUCUCACCUCUUGGACCAAUCAUUUUUCUGCACCGGGUGGGGGGAAGCUGAAACCCAGCCCCCUACUGGUUGGGGAGAAGCUGAAGUCAUAGUGCCUACAGGCUGGGGGGAAGAUGAAAUCCCACUGCCUACAGGUCAGGUGGAAGUUCACACCCCAAAGCCUCCAGCUUGGGGGAAUUCCGAUGUGAAUGUAUAUGGCCAGGUAGAUUACUGCACUGGAUGGGGGGAUACUGCAUGGGGGGAAGCUGAGACAGACCCAGCUGAAGAUAAUUAUUGUCCUCCUCAGGGUAGGGAUUCUGACCUGAAUGCAUAUGGUGGAGUAAAUUACAGCAUUGGAUGGGGGGAAGCUGAGACGAACCUUCCAAAAGAUACUGAUACAGGUGAAGGCUCCUGGGAACAGUUCUGGACCCCUCAAGAACCUGCAAAAGUAUCUCAAUGGCCCAACCAAGAGAAUGAUUCCUGGCAAUGGAAGGAGAGACAACAAAGUGGCUUUCAGAAAAUUGGCAAAGGAAGAGGUAUUGGGAAUUGGGUAAGCUCUGAUGGGGGUAACAAGAGGAGAGAAAAAUUCAGACAACAAAGUGGCUUUCAGACCAAUACUUUUCAUGGUAAUGAGAAUCAGAUGGGUGGUAGGGGAAGGAGAAACAAUAGGGGAGGAAAGAGGGGUGGUUUUGCUCAUGGCCGUUCUUAUGGGGACAACAUGGCCACUGCUAGGUGGGAAGUGAAGACAAAGUGAGGAUUGGACUGCAAGGAAUCCCAUGGAUUGUUACUGGGAAGAGCCUGUUUGAGUUAAUAAGUUGCUGUUUCGGGAAUAUUUGGUAAAUAUGAUAGGAUUUUGCGGAGGGUCAGCAAUUUCAUUUUCCGUUUCACAUCGUCUCUGGAGAUAGCAAGCUGUUGUAGCCUCCUAGAUAUGAACAUGACCGUUUCUUUGGGCUGAGGGUAGUGUUCUCAGGUACGUUCAAAGAUAGAGAGCUUUUAUUCCCGAUUGUGUUUAUGUCAGUAUCUCCAGAGCUCAUGUGAUAGUGCGAUCACUCCCAUUCCCCCCCCCCCCAAAAAAAAAAAAAGGAAACAGAGAGAGAGAGAGAGCUUUUGUUGAUAGGUGAAUUGUUCGUUGAUAUAUUUUAGUAUAGCUAAAUCGUUCAUUCCGGUAUCAUUGAUUCUGAUCUUUUUUAUCUGUUCAUUGUCUCUACCAUAUUAUUUAUUUAUUCUUAUGAAACGCA